AUGGCUGCAGAUCCCGUCACACCAUUUAGUAAACUGGCUGAGAAAUAUGGAGACAUUUUCACGGUUGCUUUUCCAAACGGCAAUGCUGUCAUCUUGAAUACAGCAUCCCUAGUUCGUGAAGCCAGGCUUGCCCCCGGGAGACAAGAAGAUCUUGCGGGAAAAUCACCAGAGUCUUUCUUUCCUUUCGGAGAGAUAAUGGGUCAUAAUAUGGCCGGAUCUGAUUACUCAGCCGCAUAUCUUUUUGAGAAGAAAGUGUUCGUAUCAGCAAUGCAUAGUUUUGGCGCUGGGAUAGAGCAAGCCUCGGUCCGUGCUGGUCACGCUGUUGAAAUCACGAUGAAAGAAAUCGAAAAUAAACCAGGGAGAUCUUUUUUACCAAAAAAUCUUUUCGAAUCGUCUAUAGUUGUGCAACUUUUGGAAUGGCUUACAUCGAAGAAGAUAACUUUGGAUGACCCAAUGGUGAAGGACCUCAACGAAUUUAACGCGAUUAUGGGCAGACAAGCAUUACUUAAUACAGUGUAUCAGUUAUUUCCAUUCCUAUGUUACUUACCAACGCAAUUUUUUCCCGAUAUAAAGCGAGCACAACAGAUUAGAGAGAAGAUUUUCCCACCGGAAUAUCGAGCCCACCAGCAGAGCUACAUUCCAGGCACCAUACGAGAUCUCACAGAUAGCUUUAUAAGUGCAUACGAAAAAGAGCUAGUCAAAGAGACUGGGAAAGACAUUGGCUCGAAAGAUAGUAGCAUUCCAGGCUUGAUGCUGAAUGUGGUUAUUGUGGGAUCAGAAACUAGCUCGGCAUGGCUAACUUGGUUUUUUCUCUUCAAUGUCUUAUAUCCUAAUGUGCAAAGCAAAAUACACGAGGAAUUGGACGCUGUAGUAGGACGUGAUCGUCUACCGAACUGGAAAGAUGCAGAAAGCUUGCCAUUCCUCCAAGUAACCUUAUGUGAAGUCGAAAGGGCAUCCGGUAUGAUGACGCUCGUCGGGACAAACGCGAUUCGUGACACAACGAUCGCUGGCUAUCACAUUCCUAAAGGAACAUUUGUCGGCCUGAAUCUUCCGAAGGUGCAUACGGAUAAACGAGAAUGGCCAGAACCGGAGAAAUUUAAACCUGAAAGAUUUCUGGAUGAGGAUGGCAAGUUCGUCGGCUGGAACAAAUUACACGGUUUCAUGCCGUUUGGCGUUGGUCGUAGAGAAUGUCCUGGCCAAUCAUUGGCGAAGGUAAUGAUGUUUUCGUUUGCUUCAAUAUUAUUACAUCGUUACAAGAUCGAAUUGCCUGAGGGAGCGGCGAGAUGCCGAGUGAUAAAGUAUCCACUCCGCAAAUAA